UGCAAACUGAGAUCAAUGCGACUCGGCUGAGCAAGAAAGAGCCAUGGGCUUUCUUCCUUUCUUCUCUUUGGAAACAUGGAUCCUACUGAUAACAUUCAUCUGCAUAUUUGUUAUGAAUGGCUACUGGACUUAUGGAGUAUUUGAGAAGUUGGGGAUCCCUGGUCCCAAGCCAUUUAUGUACUUUGGAUCAAUCUGCAGGUUUAACCCUGUUUACUACUUGGAUGAUUUGGAGUGCGCUAAAAAGUAUGGGAAAGUAUGGGGCACAUAUGAGCUCAAGAUGCCCAUGCUGGUUGUGAUGGAUCCUGACAUGCUGAAAACCAUCUUGGUAAAGGAGUGCUUCACCUACUUCACCAACCGGAGGGACUUCCUUCUGAACGGGGACCUGUAUGACGCGGUGACUAUUGUUAAGGAUGAUCAGUGGAGAAGGAUUCGUAACAUCCUCUCCCCCAUCUUCACGUCUGGUCGUAUAAAAGAGAUGUUUAGUAUCAUGAAACAUCAUUCCCGCAAACUGACAGACAAGCUGCAGUCCAGGCUGGGCAAUGAUGACGUUAUAGUUGUAAAAGAUUUCUUUGGGCCCUAUAGUAUGGAUGUGAUGGCGAGCUGUGCAUUCAAUGUGGAUAUGGACUCGAUCAACAACCCUUCAAGUCCCCUCAUCACCCAUGGCUCAAAGCUGUUUAGAAUCUCUAUUAGUCUUUUUCUUUUCCAAGGAUUCUUUCCAAUCUUUCUUCCUCUGUUGAAGUUGCUGGGUUUCUCCCUCUUCCCCAAGACUUCUACUGCUUUCUUUAAAGCGAUUGUGGAGAAGAUCAGAGCAGAACGCAUUGGGAGCUCACACCAGAAUUCAGGAGAUAUACUUCAACAUAUGAUCGACUCUCAGACAGUCAAUGAACCCAGGAAAGAAGAGCAGAAUAAGGGUCUUACUGAUCAUGAGAUUGUCUCUCAAGCGACAAUGUUUGUGUUUGCUGGUUAUGAGACAAGUGCCACUACUCUCGUCUUCUUGGUCUACACUUUGGCAAGAAAUCCUGAAGUCAUGAAACGCCUGCAAAAGGAGAUAGACUCUACUUUCCCAAAUAAGGGUCCGGUCCAAUAUGAAGCUCUGAUGCAGAUGGAGUACUUGGACAGUGUGGUCAAUGAGUGUCUGAGGCUCUACCCUCCAGCUGCACGUAUCGAACGAGAGGCCAAAGAAACUGUCAAGAUCAAUGGAGUCACAAUCCCGAAGAACAUCACCGUUAUGAUUCCAGUGUACGCUCUGCACCAUGAUCCUGAGCUGUGGCCAGAGCCUGAAGAGUUCAAACCUGACAGAUUCAGUAAGGAGAACAAGCAGAGCAUCAACCCGUACACUUACUUGCCAUUUGGCGUUGGGCCAAGGAACUGCAUAGGAAUGCGAUUUGCUUUGGUGAUGACUAAACUGGCCUUGGUGGAAGUUUUGCAGAACUACAGCUUCUCAGUCUGCAAGGAAACAGAGAUCCCUUUGCAGAUGGAUCCUCAAGGCCUGUUAGGACCCUUACGACCAAUCAAACUAAAGCUGGAGAAACGUUCCACCACCUCAGAAAAUGUGGACAACUAGUGAAACUAGGGAGGACUUGUAGAGAUACGUCCCUCAAGACUAAACCAUCUUCUAAAUUUGCUGUUAGUACCUGACAAUACUGCAUAAAGUUCAUGAUUUGUAAUCUGAUCUGAAUCAAAACAGACAGUGACAGUUGAUCUUGUUGAGUUUUGGAGAACAGACGGUUUGGAAUUUAUAUGUGCACCAUGUUCAUGAAUUAUGGCAUUUUGUGUCAAAUGAUCCAUGCAUAAAAGAAUUUGCAUACAGAUUAGCAUGUCAAAACAUGGAUUACCUUUUUGAUUAACGAUCCAAAUAUGUUAUGUACCAAAUGUAUCAAUGAUUAGACCAAACAAUACAAUUUGUUUGAAGGAUAAUUAUCAGUCCGACACACUCAUAUCUACUCUUACACGUUAUUUUACUGAUUUGCAUGUAUAUGGAAGGUGAAAGGAAACUGAAGACCACUCGUGUGGUGGUUCAUAAUCGAUACACACGACUACCAGAAACAAUCCUUGCCUCACCUCUUACCCUGACAACUGCACCCUUAUACUUCAGCACUAGGCCCUGAGGAAUUGUUGUAGCCAAGUUUGAUUCCACCAAUAUGUUUAUGGACGGAACAGGAUAAGGGCAGUACCGUGGCAUCUGAGACAACUAUGAAACAUAAUGGUGGGAAGGACUAGAGGGAGUAUAUGUCAUUCUAAAACUGUAUAUAAGCUGUUGUAUUUUCACUUGUACUCCAGUUGGUAUUAAAGAGUGUUACGACUCGGCCUA